CCUGUGCUCCACGGCGGCCCAGGCUCGCAGAGUCAGCCUGCGUUCCUGCAGCCCGCCGGCUGCUGCUCCCCAUUUUGCAGGAGGGAAAGCUUUCCUGGGAGAGCUGGAAAGGUGCCCGAGCCCGGCCAUGCUGGCGCUGCUGUGUUCCUGCCUGCUCCUGGUGGCCAGCGCCUCGGACGACUGGCAGGGCCCGGGCCCCGACACCGACACCGACACCGACACCGACACCGUGCAGCAGAUCCGCGACAUGCACGCUAAAGUGACGGAGAUCUGGCAGGAGCUGACGCAGCAGCGCGCGGCGGAGGGCGGCCAGGACGCGGCGCUCUACGCCGCCUGCCACGUGCAGCCGUCGGCCACGCUGGGAGCCGCGCAGCCCCGGGUGAGCGGCCGGGUCCUCUUCCGGCAGCUGGCGCCCCGCGCCAAGCUCGAGGCCUUCUUCGACCUGCAGGGUUUCCCGGGCCAGCCCAACAACUCCAACCGCGCCAUCCACGUGCACCAGUUCGGGGACCUGAGCCAGGGCUGCGACUCCACCGGGCCGCACUACAACCCGCGGGGCUUGCUGCACCCGCAGCACCCGGGCGACUUCGGCAACUUCGCGGUGCGCAACGGCCACCUCUGGAAGUACCGCGCCGGCCUGGCCGCCUCGCUCACCGGCCCGCACUCGAUCGUGGGCCGCGCCGUGGUGGUGCACGCCGGCGAGGACGACCUGGGCCAAGGCGGCAACCAGGCCAGCGUGGAGAACGGCAACGCGGGCCCCCGGCUCGCCUGCUGCGUGGUGGGCGUGUGCGGGCCCGAGCCCUGGGCGCGCCUGGCGCAGGAACACGCGGAGCUCAAGAAGCGGCGGCGGGAGAGCGAGUGCAAGGCCGCCUGAGCGCAGCACCCACCCCGCGGGCGGCCCUCCACGCCCCGAGACCCCCUCCAUGGCCCGAGGAAGUUCUGUGUGCCCCGAGAACCCCCUCUGUCAUUGCGUUUGUCCCUCUGCUCCCAGAGACACCCUCCACCCUGAGGUCCCACCUCCAUGGCUCAGGGCUUCCCCAUGUAUGCUGAGACACCCCCCUUUCCAUCCUGAGGGCCGCGCAGGCCCUCUGAGCCCCCUACCCAGUAACUCCGAGGGCCUGCAGAUGCACUGAGCUACCCCCUCCACCCUGUGGGCGUCCUAGGCUCCCUGAGGUCCCUUUCCACCCUAACCCCCCAUCCCAUGAACCCUGAGAUCUCUCUGCCCUGAGGACGUCCCUCUUCCCCCUUUUAUGUUUUUCUUAGGCCCUCUGAGACCCCUGAGGCUGCCUGUGGUCUCCUUCUCCCCGCCCAGCACCGCGUCCAGCCAGCCCCCACCGCCGCCCCGCGCGUCCUUAGCAGCGUUUAGAGUUUCCCAUCCACCGCCACCCAUGGAGAGGGCUUCUUUGGGGGAGGGGGGGGCAGGCUUUGUGUUCUCAUUAAAAACUCAGCAAUUCAGUACUGCA